AUGACUGUAGGUGUUCUCGUCGGUGUGCAGCAGAGCUUCAAGCUGAGGGCAACUGGAGACACUCCGUCUGGAGCUGUGCGAGCGAGAUUCAGUGGAGCCACGGGCAAGGGCGGGGAUGGUCGGCAACCAUGGGCGAGGUCGUUGCCGCGGGGUGGUCCAGAGGAGCUCGCCGGCGCAUCCAAGCCACGACGCGGUGCAGCGGCGCGGUGGCCGAGCUCCAAUGCUCCAUCCGCGGUCGCCGUGACGCACUGCCUCGGCGUCUCCGGGUGCUCGUGCUCGCCUGCCUCGGCGCUGUGA